GGCCUAUAGCAUUAGAGUCUUACAGUAAGCAGUUAUGUCAUACAGUAGUAUUGCCCAGUUAUAUUAUAGCCUCAGUACACGUGAUCAUUUGUUGCAUGACACUAAUGAUCCUGUAUCCUGCAUGUCAGCUUACGCAUUCCCAAUGUCUCCUCAUGGUGUUCGCCAGCUUGGACUCUUUAUAGGGAAGUCGUUGGGCUGUCAGAUUCUUGUUCCUGUUACUUCAUCUCCACUCAACGGCUUCAGCCAGUUUUAGCCUUUGGAUAGACGUUUUUGUAUCGCACUAGCCUGCUACACUCCUGAAUAUUUCAAGUGUUUAAGCGGCUCGCAACCAAGAUGACCACUGAAGAGUCUCAGAACUUCCUCCGAAGUCUUGUCGCCCCGUUGCGCAAUCAAAUACCUACACCUCUACUUCAUAGGCCUAGCGAGGCCGGCCUUGAGUACGAGGAUGUCUUCUUUCCUUCCGAAGACGGUACUCCACUUGAGGCUUGGUAUAUUCCAAAGUCUGGCUCGAACAAGCUCGUCAUUGUUAAUCACCCCCUUCGAUGCAAUCGAUCUGGGUUUCCUGCCCACCUGGAACCCUGGAAGGCCUUCCUUGGUGGCACUGCCACUGGCAAUGACUUCGAGCUCAAUUUCAUCCCCGACUUGAAGAUACUGCAUGAUGUCGGCUACAAUGUACUCGCCUACGACAUGCGCAACUUCGGCAAUAGUGGACAGGCCAACGGUGGCAUUUCUGGCACUGGCCACUUCGAGUCCAGGGAUGUUGUGGGCUCGCUGAACUACGUCCGUAGCCGGCAGGACACCAAGAAUAUGACAAUCGGUCUUUUUAGUCGUUGCCUCGGCGGCAUAGCGACUUUCAUCGCGGUACACCGUCGACCAGAGGCAUUCAAGGAUGUGCGUUGUCUUCUUGUCCCCGAACCGCUCUCUUACCGGCCCUUUGUUGAAAGGGCUCUUGAGAUGACUGGUCUUGAAGAUCGCUUCGAUGAGGUCAACAAAUUGGUCAAAAUUGAGUCAAGUUUCGACAUUGACGAACUAUCGCCCAUCCCAAUUAUGAAGAGCGUCCACAUCCCGACAUUUAUAUACUCUGUGCGCAACGACAUAUUGACGAAGGAAAGCGAUGUGCAGACAAUGUACGACUCAAUCCCUAUCGAAGAAAAGCGGCUUCUCUGGGUUGACGGAACAGUCCGGAUGAAGGGUUAUACGCACUUUCAAGAAAACCCCCAGAUCUUCGUUAAGUGGCUAGCUCAGUAUAUGGACUAGAAUUAUUUCGGACCACUUUAGGUACAAGAGGCUAUCAAGCUGAAGCAACAGAGCCAGACUGUAUUGAAGUGAGCCCCAAUUGACUGUGUUGUGGUCUAAGAUCUAAGCUGCUGUAGUUGAAAUACUGUUAUUUAUAUUGCGCAGUAGUGCUGGGUGAAAAAAUAUUUUUUAUGAAACUUGAUUGUUCAUUAUUGAGAUGAGAGUUCUUCUCGAGUUUAUAUCUCUAGUUGAUUUCAUCUAGG